UCGGGCAGGGGUGGCUGCAGCUCCGCGGCCCCUCGAGGCGGGUGGGCAGCGGAUAAGGCGUGUCCCAGCCGGGGAGCGCAUUGCGGGGCGAGCCCGGGGGACGCGUCAGUGCCUGGAAAGGGCAGUGGGGGGCUGGAUCCAGAAGAGGAACAAAGGUCUGAUCGCAGCCUGCACCUUUGCCCCCCCGUGAAUGGUUCCCCCAGUGUUGCCUGGGCAAGAGCUGCGGCCCCUGCUCUCAAACUGUCCCUCUGGAGAGGGAGAGAGAAAAUAAGGAGGAGGGGGAUUUCCUACAUUGCCCCACUGAAAUACACAGAGCCGAAGGGCGGGAUCCCAUAAGGAGCAGGAGGAAGGCCUUUAGGAAACUGCUUUCAUGUUAAUCACAAGAGGGAGCUGCAUGAAUCUCGAAAGAGCGAGAUUUGCUAGUUGUGCACAGAAGUUAACAACAAGGACAUCAUCUGGAGACCAGAGAAACUUACGUUGCAAGUAGUAAUGCUGCCACUAUGGGAAAUGUUUCUUUACCUGCUUCUUUCAUUGGGCUUCCAUUUUUAUUCCUUCUGUGAGGUAUACAAAGUCUCCAGAGAAUAUGAAGAGGAACUUGAAAGAGAAUUUGAACUGGAAAAAGAUGCUCUGUUUUGGGGACUUAAAAAGGAUCCCACAGACUUUGAGUGGAGCUUCUGGAUGGAAUGGGGAAAGGAACGUAUAAUAUGGCUUCUGCUUGGCCAUCUAAUGGUAUCUCAGAUGUCAAGGCUCUUUAUGGAAAAGUACAAACCCUGGUGUCUAAUGACAUACGGGAUGGUGGCCUGCUGGUUUCUAUUAGGAAUCAAUGGCUUGGCAGUGAUUUUGCUACAUACAGCCAUUUCAUUUUCCGUGGCUCAGUUUCAGACAGCAGUCCUGACUUGGCUGUGCUCACUACUUUUGUUAUCAACUUUGCGCGUACCAGCUGUGGAAGAAGCAAAGAGAGGGUGGUACGACACUGAAAAUGAGUACUACUUGCUGCUCUUCACCCUGACUGUUCACUGCCUCUACUACACUAGUUUCAGCCUUGAAUACUGCUGGCAUGGCUCUACCCAGAAGAGGUACUACUCAUUCUUUUGGAUGCUGGCCUACAUGUUCUACUAUCCUGUGUUCCACAAUGGACCCAUUAUGACCUUCAAUGAAUUUACUAAGCAGAUGAAGAGACCAGAAGCCUGCAGUUUGAAGAGUAACCUCUGCAUAUUACUGCUGGGCAUAAUUCGCAUUUUCUUUUGGUGGUGGUUGGCAGAGCUGAUGAUUCAUCUCAUGUAUAUCCAUGCCAUAUACAGUAGUUCUUCACAUCUGGAAGCAGUGUCCUACUGGACUUUAGCUGGAACCCUCCAGGCCAGGAUGUCUCCCCCAGUUCAGUGUUUCUUCAGGUGUUGCUGUUGUCAGCAUAAAGCACAGCUGCCAUUCGGAGCUCUAGGUGGGGGGAGUGUUAAAAGCCAAGGAGGCAGAGAGAGAGAGAGGCUAGUCCAUCAUGGUGGUGCCUUGGCAGUACCCAGAAGUGGCCUGGCAUUAGCUCAAGUACUGUUUUUUUAUGUGAAAUACCUGGUUCUCUUUGGUAUUCCUGCUCUUAUUAUUCGAAUGGAUGGACUCAAACCCCCAGCUUUACCUUGCUGUGUGAGCACAAUGCACAGUUUCACUGGAAUGUGGCGAAGUUUCGAUGUUGGACUGCAUCAUUUUCUUAUCAGGUACAUCUACAUCCCAAUGGGAGGAUCCCAUGGCAGUGUGUUUGGGAUGUUGUUUUCCACAGCAAUCACGUUUUCAUUUGUAAGCUAUUGGCACGGGGGCCAUAACUACCUUUGGUUCUGGGCAGCACUUAACUGGCUUGGAAUAAUUGCAGAAAAUGGAGUCAAGAGGCUACUUUCUGUUUCAUUUGUUCGAGACUUAAUAGAUCGUUUCUUCUCACCGAGAAUUUGUCGUCGACUUCACGCUGCCCUGGCAGCUGUUUCCACUUCAAUGUUGAUUUUAUCCAAUCUAGUGUUUCUCGGAGGAAAUCAAGUUGGGAAAAUCUACUGGAACAGGAUCUUUGUGGAAGGCUGGCCCUGGGCAACUCUGUCUGUUCUUGGAUUCCUGUACUGCUACUCUCAUGUUGGAAUUGAAUGGGAUCGCACACACCAUGUAGAUUAGCACACAGUUAUACAAAAGUAUGCCAUCAUGAGCUGUGCGUUAACAAAGGAGUGGGAAAGGUUUUCGUAAAACCUUUCAUACAGUGAAUACACACAUUCCGAUUUCUCUGCCGUGACUGUACAUGCCAUUCUCUCUGCAGGAAAAUAUGCCAUAGCAAAUAUACUUUGCCAAACUAUUUAAAAAACUGGAAGCCAAUUUAAUUUAUAAUUGUUUAUGGACAAAUCACUUGAACUGUAAACACUGAUUUCGUAAAGUAUUUUUGUCUUCUUAGACACUAUUUUUAUUUCAGAAAUAUUUGAAAUGGUAUGUACGUGUUGAGUAUCUUAGUAUAUGUACUUCACAUUCUUGGACCCAUAUCUAUCAGGAAGAGAGAAUUUCUUGUCUUUUUCGUAUUUUUUUCAGGUCUGGAUUAAAUUUAAAUACAUUGCAAACAAAAGAGGGCAUCCUGUUCUUCCAUUGCACAAUUCAGAAAACCAGAAUUCUACCCAAAUUGCCCUCCAUACAUUAUAUCUGAGACUAAUACCCAGUUAUUGAAAGUGCAGCCUGAAAACAUGUUCAAAGGAAUAAAAGAUUUUGCUUUUUUAGCCAUUUCUCUAUCUCAGUGGUCCCCAGGCUGCGUGGCAUACCUGCAUACGAGGGCGCACAGGAACAUUCAGGAGGGUGAGCGGCAGAGCCCAUGCCAGCCCCCAUGGAGGAUGGGGAGGGAGUGCCACCCAGCCCCGCUCUGCCCCCAGCCCAACUCCGGCCCCAACCGCAGUUCUACUCCACCCCCAGCCCAGCUCCGGCCCCAGCUGCAGUUCCACACCAGCCCCAUCCUCCGCUCCGCUCUACCCCUAGGCCAACUCAGCCUCUAGCCCCAGCUCCGCCUUCAGCCCAAGCUCCUCUGCUGAGGAAGUCUUGGCUGUGCAGUAAGGGGUGAGGCAUGGACAGAUUCCAUUACUGGUAAGGGGGGCGUGACAGGAAAAAUUUGGGCACCACUGCUCUAACUGAAUGCUGAUAGAGAAGGAUCAGCAGAGAACAAGUCAGGAGAGAGGGAUUUCUGUGUAUCCAUAGGGGGCACCAGAUGAUAAUAUUCAUGAUGAAUUUAAAAAAAAUAAUCACGACUAAUUGCACUGUUAAACAAUAAUACAAUACCACUUAUUUCAAUAUUUUUGGAUGUUUUCUAUAUUAUCAAAUAUAUUGAUUUCAAUUACAACACAGAAUACAAAGUGUACAGUGCUCACUUUGUAUUUAUUUUUUAUUGCAAGUAUUUGCACUGUAAAAAAGCAAAAGAAAUAGUAUUUUUCAAUUCACCUUAUACAAGUACGAUAGUGCAAUCUCUUUUUCAUGAAAGUUGAACUUACAAAUGUAGAAUUAUGUACAAAAAACCUGCAUUCAAAAAUAAAACAAUAUAACAUUUUAGAGUCUGUAAGUCCACUCAGUCCUACUUCAGCCAAUCGCUCAGACAAAAGUUUGUUUACAUUUGCAGGAGAUAAUGCUGCCAGCUUCUUGUUUACAAUGUCACCUGAAAGUGAGAACAGGCAUUCUCAUGGCACUGUUGUAGCUGGCUUUGCAAGAUAUUUAUGUGCCAGAUGCACUAAAGAUUCAUAUGUCCCUUCAUGCUUCAACUACCAUUCUAGGAGACAUGUGUCCAUGCUAAUGACGGGUUCUGCUCAAUAACAAUCCAAAGCAGUUCAUUUUCAUUAUCUGAAUCUGAUGUCACCAGCAGAAGGUUGAUUUUCUUUUUUCGUGGUUCAGGUUCUGUAGUUUCUGCAUCAGAAUUUUCCUCUUUUAAGACUUCUGAAAGCAUGCUCCACACCUCAUCCCUCUCAGAUUUUGGAAGGCACUUUAGAUUCUUAAACCUUGGGUUGAGUGCUGUAGCUAUCUUUAGAAAUCUCACAUUGGUACCUUCUUUGCCUUUUGUCAAAUCUGCAGUAAAAGUGUUCUUAAAAUGAACAACAUGUGCUGGGUCAUCAUCCGAGACUGCUAUAACAUGAAAUAUAUGUCAGAAUGCAGGUAAAACAGAGCAGGGGACAUAGCAGUUCUUCCCCAAGGCACAAAUUUAAUUAACACAGUAUCUUUUUAACGAGCAUCAUCAGCAUGGAAGCAUGUCCUCUGGAAUGGUGGCUGAAGCCUGAAGGGGCAUACGAAUGUUUAGCAUAUCUGGCACGUAAAUACCUUGCAAUGCAGGCUACAAAAAUGAUAUGCAAAUGCCUGUUCUCACUUUCUGGUGACAUUGUAAAUAAAAAGAGGGCAAUAUUAUCUCCUGUAAAGUAAACAGACUUAUUUCUGUUAGCGAAUGGCUGAACAGGAAGUGGGACUGAGUGGACUUUUAGGCUCCGAAGUUUUUCAUUGUUUUGUUUUUGAGUGCAGUUAUGUAACGAAAGAAAUCUACAUUUGUAAGUUGCACUUUCACAACAGAGAUUGCACUACAGUUCUUGUCUGAGGUGAAUUGAAAAAUACUAUUUCAACAUUUUUACAGUACAAAUAUUUGGAAUCAAAAAUAAUAUACACUUUGAUAUCAGUUACAACACAGAAUACAAUAUAUAUGAAAAUGUACAAAAACAUCCACAAUAUUUAAUACAUUUCAAUUGGUAUUCUAUUUUUAACAGUGUGAUUAAAACUGUGAUUAAUCUCAAUUUUUUUUAAUAACGAUUAAUUUUUUGAGUUAAGUGCAUGAAUCGACAGCCCUACUUAGAACUAAAAGGUUUGCACAGAAGCCUGCAUCUGCCUGAGACCAAGAUGGGUUUGAGGUGAUAGCACAACCUCAAUCAGCAACACAGGCUGGUGAAUGUUGGUCAUAGCAGGGCAGAUGUAGUUCCCACAGCCAAUUUCUGAAGCCAUGCACCAGCCUUUUGUUAGCUUCUCCAAAUCUCACCUGGUUAUUGGGGUGAGGGAUACAGAACUGGCCUGACCCCUGCACCAGUCUUCAUGGAUUGCCUGACACCUGCUCCCUUAUGUGGCAGGUUGGCAUUGGGAGAAUGCUAAGUGAAGGCCACUGCUACCUCUAAACCAAAGGCUAGUGAAAAGCAACUGCCAUGUUGCCUCAUUAGGGCACUGAGUGAGGAGAAACACUGUCCUGCUGCAGUCGCCACACUUUACUGAAUCAGUGGCAGGUAGCAACCCAUAUUCCUACUGUGGCAGCUAUUGAGUAUCAGUGCCCAAUGCAUUGUGGGAUGCCCUCUGUUUCUGGAUCAUGGCAGGAGGGGCUCUGUGGAACUUGAACCUACAAGAUAACUUGCACCAGAGGGCUGGUGCCAAUCACCAUGAAUGAUUGCACUCUCAGCAAAUUUGCGGAUGAUACUAAACUGGGAGGAGUGGUAGAUAUGCUGGAGGGCAGGGAUAGGAUACAGAGGGACCUAGACAAAUUGGAGGAUUGGGCCAAAAGAAAUCUGAUGAGGUUCAAUAAGGAUAAGUGCAGGGUCCUGCACUUAGGACGGAAGAACCCAAUGCACAGCUACAGACUAGGGACCGAAUGGCUAGGCAGCAGUUCUGCGGAAAAGGACCUAGGGGUGACAGUGGACGAGAAGCUGGAUAUGAGUCAACAGUGUGCCCUUGUUGCCAAGAAGGCCAAUGGCAUUUUGGGAUGUAUAAGUAGGAGCAUAGCGAGCAGAUCGAGGGAUGUGAUCAUCCCCCUCUAUUCGACAUUGGUGAGGCCUCAUCUGGAGUACUGUGUCCAGUUUUGGGCCCCACACUCAAGAAGGAUGUGGAAAAAUUGGAAAGAGUCCAGCGAAGGGCAACAAAAAUGAUUAGGGGUCUGGAACACAUGACUUAUGAGGAGAGGCUGAGGGAACUGGGAUUGUUUAGUCUGCAGAAGAGAAGAAUGAGGGGGGAUUUGAUAGCUGCUUUCAACUACCUGAGAGGUGGUUCCAGAGAGGAUGGUUCUAGACUAUUCUCAGUGGUGGAAGAGGACAGGACAAGGAGUAAUGGUCUCAAGUUGCAGUGGGGGAGGUUUAGGUUGGAUAUUAGGAAAAACUUUUUCACUAGGAGGGUGGUGAAACACUGGAAUGCGUUGCCUAGGGAGGUGGUGGAAUCUCCUUCCUUAGAAGUUUUUAAGGUCAGGCUUGACAAAGCCCUAGCUGGGAUGAUUUAAUUGGGGAUGGGUCCUGCUUUUGAGCAGGGGGUUGGACUAGAUGACCUCCUGAGGUCUCUUCCAACCCUGAUAUUCUAUGAUUCUAUGAUCCAGGAUCCAGUUUGUGUAGUCUGCCUGAACUAAACGCUGUAAAGCUCACCCAAUCCCUAUUUAGAAACAAAUUAACACUGAUGGCUGGGUCUUAUGGUUAAAGCGGUGGCCUGGGCUCUGGGUUCCACCCCAGACUUCCUAUGUGACCUUUAGUGAGUCGCUUAAUAUCUUUGUACCUCCAUUCCCCACUGGUUAUAAAAGGGGUGGUCAACUUCUCACAGGGUGUUGUGAGGAUACAUUCAUUCAUGUUUGUGAUGGUGCUUGUAAAUAUCUAGCUAGGGUAAAUUAUUUCCCUUUGCAAUCAGUUUUAGCUUGAAGUACAAACUGUCCCAAAAGCCAUUCGGCCAAGUAAGACACAGUUUGUCUGUCUAAUACAUUUGGCAAUUGAGAGGAUCACUGCCACCACUACCAAAAAGGAAUGCCCUGAACGUGGGAUUUUUCAAAAGCACCUAACAUCAACCUAACCAUUGGAGCAGAGUUAAGCCAUUGCUGAGAGCUUUUGAAAAAGCCCAUGCUUAACCCUUUGUAGUUAAUACUGAGGUGAAAAACCAUGUGUCUGGUCUCCAGCCACGUAGAUUGGGAAUUCAUUGAUCUAAUGUAGGAUGUUUAGUAACUUGUCUGCAUAAAUAACAUCUCUUACACUCAGAGACAGAAAUGACCUCAUAGGUCAUCUAGACCAUGCCUCAUUCCAGAGCAGUAUCAGUCUGUGUGGUGUAUGUUCCAGUGCUUUGUACUGACUAGUGUUGCUAUGUCCUUUUCUGUUUUAAUAAUAAAGCUCAGUCUUUAAGGAAGGUUGAUGAACA